AUGGAUGACAUCGUGAAAAUAUUCAACUUCCUACGCCAGGACGGCACUGUUGAUAUCGAGCUACAACUUGGGGACGAGGUACGGAACAUCAAUGCCUCAUUUUUACCAACUCUUUGGCUGACUGCUGUGGCAGUGGACCGUGCUGCAGUGGACCACACAGAGAAGAUGGAUGACAUCGAGGAACUAUUUGAGUUCCUGCGCCUGGGCGGCACUGUCGAUAUCGGGCUACAACUUGCCAGUGGAAACGACGUGGACCGUGCUGUAGUAAACCGUGCUGCAGUAGACCGCACAGCGGUGAAGAAAAAGAUGAAGAAGAUACGCCGUUUCUAUGCCAGGGUUCCCCCUACGGAUGAGCGACGCCAGGAGAUUCAGCGUCAGGGUCUCUUGAAUGUGAACAAGGUUGUCGAUGCCGGAAUCAUGCAUUGCAACAAAGAAGGUUUCCCCGUCAGCGUGAAGAACAUCAUUCUGUCGUUCUCGAAGAGGGUGGCGGACGUUGAACGCCCUGAGAUUCGUACUAGAGGGAGCACGGAAACCUUGGAUGGGCCAGCAGAUGACGAUUACAAAUACCAAUUCAAGAAAUUGCCACCGGAGGAAGAGUCUGAUGAUGACGGCAACGACAACGGGAGCGAGGACACUGAAAGUGAGGGCAACGGCAAAGGGAAGGACAACAGUAACAGCACUAGUGCUGGCCCCAAUGACGAGGGCAAAGGCAAGAGUAAGGGAAAAGGGAAAGGCCUAGGGCAGUGA